AUGCCCAAACUGCACACGCGAAGGCUUCCGUAUCAUAUUGCGACCAAUGCAGAAAAAGCCAUCUUUUAUGUCACCCUCGGAAUUGACCUCAUCAAUGUGUUCCUGAUUGCGUUCGCUAUCAUCCACCGGUCAUAUCUCCCAAUCAAGUGCAAGCAAGUGUUCCUGACCUCAGGUAUUGCCAUUGGUAGCAUGGUGUUUAGUGUAUCAUUCAGUCUUGCCGACGGCAUGGUUGGAUUCUACGGCAUCGGACGCCAUUGUUUCUUCUGGGUCGGCUGGAUGCUGACAUGCUGUGGGCUCGGCAUAUUUUUGUCCUUUAUGAAUAUGCGACUGGUGGUCUACUACCGCGUAUUCAUUACCCGCAAAACAUACAGGUCCAAGCGGUGCGAUCUGCGGUUGUUUGUCCUACACUGGUGGCCGCUGGUCGUGUUCUGGCUGCCUGCAUUUAUUAUUGUGACUAUCGGCCAGCUCCUACCAGAAACCCAAACUGCACGCAUUGUCAUAGCCGAUGACGGAACGCUAGCGUACAAGUACAACUACCCCUACUUGUCAGCGGCGUACACGUACUUUGCUGUGAUGAUUAUUAUCGCCUGGGCCAUGUACUUUAGAAUGCGCUCAGUAGCCAAAGCAUUCAACGAGUUUCGCAUGGCUGUCUGGACACUGUCUCUGUUCACCCUUCUUCUGGUGCUCAACAUUGGGAUAAUGGUGCCGAACGGUAUGUCGCAGCUGUGGGGUCGCGUUAUGCUUGCAUUUUGCAACACAAUUCUUCUUAACUCGUACACUUGGCUGAUUCUGGGCAAGCCUAUCUUUGGCCACAUGUUCAGGCGCAAGGAAAUGCUUCGGGACCACCUGGAAACCAUGUACACUGACGGUAUUGUCGCGCAGCAGGCACAUAUGCGAAACCUACACAAACAGCUCUAUGGCGUUGAAGAUUCAAGCAUGGCCCUGGAUCGGACAUCACAAGAACAGCAGGCAUAUAGCCGGCAUCUUGACCUAUCCAGCGACUGA